AUGAAUGUGGUAGGAAAAGUUGGAAGCUUGAUAUCUCAAGGUGUGUACUCAGUUGCAACCCCUUUUCACCCCUUUGGUGGGGCUGUUGAUGUGAUUGUUGUUCAGCAACAAGAUGGGACAUUUCGGAGCACGCCUUGGUAUGUUCGGUUUGGUAAAUUUCAGGGUGUUCUCAAAGGUGCGGAGAAGUAUGUUAGGAUAAAUGUUAAUGGUGUUGAGGCCAAUUUUCAUAUGUAUCUUGACAACUCAGGGGAGGCUUAUUUUUUGAAGGAGGUGGAUGAUGAUAAAGUGGUUGAUUCAAUUGAGGUUGCUCAAGAUUCUAUUGACAAAAAGAAUGGCUAUUUGAGUAAUGUUCAUAGACUUGAUCAUAGUGUCUCGGAUUCUGGGGUUCUCAGUUUGAAAAAUGAGGAUGAUUCUUCAGUUUUGUGUGUGCCUCAAAUUCAAAGGGCAGAAUCUGAUGUUGAUAGGAGGUUUUAUGAAUUCCCAGAUGAUCGAUCUUCGUUUGAAGAUUCAGUUGAGUUGUCAGAAUACGAGUCUAAUUCAUAUGGGAGCCUAGAGGGAGACAAUUUUGCGGACUCACAGGGUGCACAACCAGAGAUGGUCUUGGUGAGUGUUGAUGGUCAUAUAUUAAUGGCUCCUAUCUCAGAAUCAGAGCAAACUGAGGAGAAUGUGCAGUUAAAAACUCCUCAAUUUCAUCUGGGACCAGGUGAAGAGACUGACUUAUGUGGAGGCAAUGGAGAGUUUGGUGAAAAUGCUUGGGCCACUGAUUAUAUUAGUCAUCUGGAUACUCAAAUAACUGAUGUCAUUCCUAGAUGUCGUAACACUAAUGGUGAUGAUAAUACCUAUAAAAUCUCACGUGAAGUUUGUCGAAGAGAGGAAGAGGUACAUAUUAGUCAGGCACAGGAAACCUUAGAGAUUAAAAAUCGAGAAAAUCAUGUGAAAACUGAUUCAGAAGUGGCUGCACCAGGUAUCAAUAGGAAGAAUGUUUUCAAAAGCUGUUUGGAACUACAACAUUUUGGGCAGCAGGCAGGAAAUGCUGAUAUACAAGAUACAGGUUCUUCACUGGAGAUUCAAAAUUCAGCAAAGGAAACUAAUGCAAGUUGUCUUGUAGUUAAUGAAAAUGAAGAUGAGAAGGUUGUGCAACCUACAAACGGUGAUGACUUAUCACCUCCAAGUUGUUCUAUUUCUUCUAAUGGCCAUAGAUAUCCAAAAUCAGAAUUGGAAAUUCAAGAGGUUGAGAAAAAUACUGCUGGAGAUGUUGAAACUGGUUCUGGCUCUCGUUCUUUUACUACUGAAACUGAACAAAAUGAUGAACGUAUUGACAAGUCUGUAUCAAACGAUGGGGUAGAUGAAAGUCAACAAACCCGUGCACUGAAAGAUGUUUCGGCUACAAGUGAGGUAGUGGAGCCUCAAACAGAAACUUCAAAUAAAGGGGAUCAAAGCCAUUUGGGUUUGGGAUUUGAGAUUUCACUUUGUGGCCAUGAACUUAAGCAGGGAAUGGGUUCAAUAGCUGCUGCUGAAGUGUUUGAAGCGCAUCGCAUAUCCGCAGUUGACUUCACAAGUUCUUCUCAAUCAAUAAUUAAAAACCAAAAUCUUGUUAUCAAAUUUAAAGAGAGGUACAUGACGUGGGAAAAGGCUUCUCCUCUUGUUCUUGGAAUGGCUGUUUAUGGUUUAGAUUUACCUGUUGCACCCAAAGAUACUAUUCCUGUGGAACAGGAUCAUGCAUUGAAGUCCAGGGAUAACGAUCUAGGAUCAUCUUCAGCUGGACGCAGAUGGAGACUUUGGCCUAUUCCUUUUCGAAAGGUCAAAACAUUUGAGCAUACUAAUAGCAAUGCAUCAAAUGAGGAGGUGUUUCUUGAUUCUGAGUCUGCAUUUCUUAUAGACAGAACUCCGACAUCCAGUACCCAGGGGUCUCCUCGUAAGCAAUUUCUAAGAACCAAUGUUCCCACUAAUGAGCAGAUAGCAUCCUUAAAUCUCAAAGAUGGUCAGAAUUUGGUAACCUUCAGUUUCUCUACAAGGGUUCUUGGUACACAACAGGUUGAUGCUCAUAUUUAUUUAUGGAAGUGGAAUGCAAGAAUUGUUAUUUCAGACGUUGAUGGAACUAUUACCAAGUCUGAUGUUUUGGGGCAGUUCAUGCCUUUAGUCGGCAAAGAUUGGACACAAUCUGGAGUGGCAAGGCUUUUCUGUGCCAUUAAGAAGGAGCUAAGCCUUCCUCCUUUGAGCUUGGGACUUGAGAUUUCUCAGCAAAUGAGCCUGAGGCCUGGUCUAAUCUCUUUUGUUCAAUCAACAAGCAUAGUUGAUAGGAAGGCUAGUGACUACAUGCAUGGUGUUAUGGAAAAUGGAUACCAGCUACUUUUUCUGAGUGCCCGUGCAAUUGUCCAGGCAUAUCUAACCCGAAACUUCUUGCUUAACCUGAAACAGGUUGCCAUAGUAAAAGGUGGCAUUAAGGACGGAAAGACCUUACCAAAUGGACCUAUUGUUAUCUCACCUGAUGGAUUAUUUCCCUCCCUUUACCGAGAAGUGAUACGAAGGGCACCACAUGAAUUCAAGAUUGCUUGUUUAGAGGAUAUAAAAAAACUUUUCCCUUCUGACUAUAAUCCAUUUUACGCUGGAUUUGGCAAUAGAGAUACAGAUGAACUUAGUUACAGAAAGAUUGGCAUCCCCAAGGGAAAAAUAUUUAUUAUCAACCCUAAGGGUGAGGUAGCCAUUAGUCACCGAAUUGGUGCAAAGUCAUAUACAUCAUUACACACCCUUGUGAAUGACAUGUUUCCACCAACUUGUUUGGUCGAGCAGGAGGACUACAACUCAUGGAACUAUUGGAAAACGUCAUUGCCAGAUGUAGAUUAG